CGUACACAGUUGCGUGCAAUCUCUCUCUUCUCUGCUCUGCUUUCUCCGCCGUUUGUGCUGUCGUUGGCUGCGUCGCCAUGGUCGUUUUGGGUUGUCGUGGAGUGGGUUAAAGGCGAAGGGGGAAGGGGGCGGCAAUAAAUAGCGGUGGGGGAGGUUCAACAACCUUUUCCAGUUUCCACCUCCGCGACGAUUCCUCCGAUGGAAGUGGAGCCACGCUUCCUGGCUUCCCUUCGCCCCCAAUUCCUUACUCACUCUCUUCUUUGUUAAUCGCCGCCGAGUGCAUGCCUCCGUGAGGAGGCUCUCCGCCGUGUUGAUCUCUGGGAAGCUACCAUGUCAGAUUUGGUUCUUCCAUUGAGGUGUGCAAGAUCCUUAUUCCUUGUUUCCUCAACAGUCUCUGGGAUCUGAAAGAAACAGGAGUUAGACUAUGGGCAAAAGACCUCAUACACGACAGCUAAAGGGCAAUGUUGGAUGUGUUUCGGGUUUGAUCAGCUUGUUGGAUUUCCGUCGAGGCCAUCCAAUUCAGAAGUUACUUUCAGAUACAAAGCAUGAAAGUACUAGCCAUAUUGGUUCUGGCUACUCGAGAAUUGAGCUCGAUGCACUAAGAAAUCCAGAAAACAAGCAUGAAGGUGCCACUCUUCUUGAUGAAAUUAGAGACGAUAAGGUUAGUGUGGGUUCAACAAGUAUAAAAGCACUGAUGGAAGGAGAGAUGUCUCAAACUGAAAGAUCUCUUAACUUUGACAUGGCAGCAUUUUUGGUAGAAUUCUACAGUUAUACUCGCCAACAAGCUAGCCGAGAUGCUGACAAUAAGUUUGAUUUGCUUCAUUCCUUGGAAAGUAUUAGUUUGGGGAGUCACUACCAUCUUCAUGAACUUGAUGAUCAUCUUGAUCAAAAUAUCUCUUUUUUAAAAAAGACACUUUCUGAUUUUGCUGAGCUGAUAAGUCAGAAAUCCAUUGUCAAGGAACAAAAUGAUGGAGGAUUAAUUUUCCGGUCGGAAAAGUUAAGGGAUGCAAUAGCUGCUAUAGAUUCAGAUAGGAAGUUAUUUAUCAAGCUCCUCCAAGAUCCAGAUUCAGUUCUGUUUAAACAUAUUCAAAGUCUUCAUGGUGAUCAGGUAAGGAAAACAUCCAAACUGGGAUCAGAUAGAUAUACAGAAAAUGUCCCGCUGUUGGUGGAGAAGAAUGAUAAUUCAGGGAAAUGCAACGAGUCUGACCGCAACCAAUUACCUCAGAAACAAAACAGAUAUAACUUUUUCUGGAGAAAGGACAAGUCCAAGGGGACGAAGCCUACAGUAGAAAAUCCAACUUCCAAAUCUUUGAAUAGAAUUGUCAUUUUGAAGCCAAACCCAACGAGAACUACUGGAAGUUCUGUGCCGCAAUUCCGUCAUGUCCCUAAACAAAGCGACAGUGAUGAAAGGAUUGUAUCCCAUUUUUCCCUAAGAGAAAUUAGGAGGAGACUCCGGCAUAUAAUUGGUGAGAGCAGAGAAGCACGACAUGCUAUUUCCAUGGAUGGUCUUCUACACAGAAUUCCAGUUAGGCCUAGUGAGUCUCGUGACUCAUCUGAAAAUUUAUCUUGUGACAAUAAGCAACCCAAAUCAGUAUACCUUGAUAAUAGGAAAAGUAAGAACAUUAGUUCCGAAGAAUUUGAAGUUAACAGCAACAGUCAUAUUUCUCCGUCGACAUCAAGAUCUGAGUCUUCAAUAUAUGAGGAAGCCAAGAAGCAUCUCACUGAGAUGCUAAACACAAGAGUCGAUAGUUUGCCAAGAGUUGAAGUUUCAAAAUCAUUGGGAACAAUGCUUUCUAUCUUAAGAUACACCGAGUUAUCUCCUACAUCCAGUCCUCAAAGAGAUGAGGAGCUUGCUGUGCCGCCUAAAGAGAUAGAAGAUCCAUCACUACAACAGUUAAAGCAUGAAGGUGGGAUCAAUAACCUUAGAAACAAAAUAUUUAGAAGUUCCAUUUUGCUUGUCCAUUCAAGUGAUGAAAGUAAAAUGUUGGUCAUGGCUGCAGAACUGGUUGGAACCGCUAUAUCAGAGCUAUUACUUGUCCGUAGCAAAGACUUGAACAGCCAAGAGAUCGUCGAAGAAGUUGGUGCUAAAAGAACUAUAGAAUCUAACCAAUUGGAUGAACCUACAUUAUGUGGCUUGGACAUAUUUGAAGAGAAGUCAACAGCAGUGGCGCAGCCGAAGCCCCGACCAAGCAGCUUAGUCAAGCAAAACUUAAUGGCUCCUGAAAGCAUCAAUGAAAAACUAGAGCAACCAAGUCCAGUAUCUGUUCUAGAAAAGUUCAUAUCAGAUGAUAUUAGCAGCCCUGACUCUACUGGGAUAGAGAAUUAUAAUAUUCAAGUACAAGAUCAACAAGCUGUUCAAGAAGGCAACAAUUCUGGAAGACUUAUAGCAUCACCUGUUGUAAAUGACGAUUGUCAAGCUAGGUUUGAUUACAUCGAAGCAGUCUUGGAAGCUUCAGGACUUGUGGAUGAAUUCCCAAUGAAAUGGGAUAUAGAAGACCAGUUACUUGAACCAUCUUUGUACGAGGAAAUAGGAAUCUUUUUUUGCUUCCCACAAGAUGAUCCUAAGCUUCUAUUCGACUGCAUCAAUGAAGUCCUUUUAGAUAUACACGAGAGCUUCUUGAAAAGCAUCUCGUGCCUAUCCUACGUCAAGCGAAAUAUCCAACCUGGCCCUCAAGGUGAAGGCUUAAUCCAAGAGGUAAGCAAGAGCCUCGAAUGGCAUCUUCAAGUACCAUCGCCCAACACAUUAGAUACGGUUGUCAAAAAGGACUUGAAUGGUCGACCUUGGAUGGACCUUCGACUUGAAGUUCUCAAUAUUACCAGUGAGACAACAUCUGAUAUCAUCUUGGGUAUAAUCGAAGAGAUUGUUUUCGACUGUUGGUGCUGAAAUUAGAGUGAUUUCAAAUUUGUCUCUUCCAACUUGGCAAGAUCAUGCAGGACUAGAAUCUCAUGAUCAAUUAGCAAACAAGACUGGAAUUGCCUUUUUAUUCACAAUGAGGCGCACAUAUACUUAUAUUUUCUGCUAAUCGGUGGAUUUCCCUUGCUGUAAAUCGUUAAUAAGAUGAGGGAAGUUGAAGUGAAUGCAAAUAAUCUUGUAUCGUCGGAAGUACAUUAUGUAAAUGAGGAUACUAUUCGAUAUGAGGGAUGACAAUGAACAUUUGUUCUUGAAACCGAUAAUAGAAAGGGAGCCCCAAAGCAUAAUAAGAUA